ACCAUCCCCUUCCACUACUUCCUCGUGGUAUAAAUGCAAAAGGGGCAAUGCCAGAAUGACAGAACUUGUAUCUACUCUGGAAGAAGUACUUCGUUAGGUGGGAGUAACAGUGUUAUCCCCAGUGACAGUGUCAAUUUUGUGAAAUUGGUGUAUUACAACAUAGGUGAAAAAGUUUUAAAAAAAAGUGAGAAAAUGUAUGAAGGAGUUUACAACGCUGGUGCUGAUGGAAUUUUAGCCGCCAAGGCUGAAUUGAACAACAAAGAGCUCUGGAAUAGAUUCAAUGAAAACGAAACUGAAAUGAUCAUUACAAAAACUGGGAGGCGUAUCUUCCCGAUACUGAAAAUAGACUUCUCGAAUCUGGACCCCGACAAAUACUACUGCCUCCUGCUGGAGAUGCAGCUCAUCUCGCCUCACAGGCUGAAAUUCACAGCGGAGUCUGGCUGGACGUCUUGUGGGGUGGAGGAGACUCCACACCCCGGAGUGUACAUCCAUCCGGAUUCCCCCAGCAAGGGGGAUCACUGGAUGGCUCAAACGGUCAAUUUCGAGAAAUGUAAGCUGACGAACAGCAAUACGCCCAGUCCGGGCAGCCUUACCUUGAGCUCGAUGCACAAAUACGUACCAAAGAUCAUACUGGUACAGACGGACAAUUUGCAACAGUUGCACUGGAGCCCAUCCAAGACUUUCUACUUCAAGGAAACGGAAUUUGUCGCUGUUACAGCGUAUCAGAACAACUCCAUAACAGCCCUGAAGAUCGACCACAACCCCUUCGCGAAAGGCUUCAGAGAGAAUGGUAAAUCGAGAUGCAAGAAGAAAAUAUUCGAGAUGGAGAUGAAGCAAAGAACAUCGUUGAAUUCACCCCGAAACACCGAUUCAUGCGAUAGUAUGUCUUCACCAGAACCACAACCCAUCUAUCAUCCAUCUCCAAUACCUUCAAGCAAGAGUUACUAUACCAUAGAUGCAACUCGCCCAGAACACGAGCAGAUAAUGCCUAUUUGUCCCGUUGCUGUGCCCGCUGUCAAGAAACAUUUACAGCUGGACUUCGUCAAUCCUUUCGAGAAUUACCACAAGCAGAUUUACAUGUACAAACCUUACUUGGAUCAGGCAUCCUUCCGGUUAGAUAUCCAGGAAGCGAAGGAGAAGAGGGAUAAUCAAUCGGUUAGAAAAUUGACCGAUUUUUCGAUAAAGAACAUAAUAGGGGAGGCUUAAACAUCGAUGUUCUUGACGUUGAGCGAAAAGCUGGUGACAUGUUGAUAUUGGUACCAUCAUCAUGAGUCGAAAAAAAAAAGAAUGAGAGCUGUCCGCUUAGCUCUGGAAAAUGCGGUUUCUAUUUGUCAUUGUUUGACACCGAAAAGAAAUGUCGGUGAAGGUGCAAUGGUCUUCAGUGCCAACUUUCCAUGGGGACCAUAGGCGAUUCUGUAGCUACCUUAGCCCCACUAAACGGUUAUCCUUAAAUAUCAAAUACGUUUAGUGGUGCUAAGGUAACUAGAAACUGUUGAUAGUUCUGAUAAAAAUUUUGAUCACCCCCUAGUUAUGGUAGUCUGUCCAACAGUUCCUGGGCAGAGAACAUAAAUUGCCAGAUCUUCUGUAUUGUUUACGAAUCGUAAACGACUUCUAUUGAAAGUUUGUAAUCAGAAGUAGGAUAGAUUUCAAACUUUCCCUAAUAUUUUCCCUUCGGUUCAAUCAUAAUUGAUCUAUCUUUAAGGAGCUUAGCUAGCCAAAAAAUAUGAUUUCAACAACAAAGACUGCAAACUGUGGUCUAUGAACCACACGUUUAUUAACCAUUCGCCCUGUACCGCUCCUGCCUGACAAAACCCAUGACAAGUGACGUUUAUAUUAGGUAUUUGUUUCAUAAUGUGGGUACUAACUUUGGUUCCCUUCAUUAUAUGAUUUUUUUUUUAUACAUAUGUAAAAGUCUCGUUUGCGAGCUUUUUCUUGCAGUCGAGCAAUCGAUUGAGAGAUCAGUUCCAUAGAAAACACUCUUGAUUUACUGUAUGAUAAUUUCAGUUCACUAAUGCGGAAAAAUAUUCCCAAAUUCAUUUCUCAUAAUGGUUUUCUAACACUUACGACACAAUACUUAUAUAUUUUGUGUGAGAUGAAAACUAUACUGUUAUUUCAUCAACGCCGAUUCUAAAAUUCAAAUGUACUAUCUGAAUAAUAUGGAAACGAAAUCGAAAAUAUAAAUCUUAUUGUCAAAUCAUAAGCAAUUUAAAAAAUUUUAAACUUGGUGUUGAUGAAAAUCAACAUUAUUGUGUCCAUUAUUUAAGAAUUUGUCAUUGAAAAUGACUUAUUCCAAAAUUGUUGUGAGUAAAAUAUUGUAAAUUUGUAAAAUAAUUGUUGAUUUUUCAUAUUUUAUUAUAUAUAGAAAUUUUAUAAUGCAGUUUUUUAUGCUUGUCUUCAGUUUAUUACAAUGAAGAUCAGCAACUAUAGAAUGCCGAAAAUAUGCUCUCGUAUUUUCGAAUAUAUUGACAUUUAUUAGCUCUAUUAUUAUCAUUAUUAUUUAUUAAGAUUUUUGCACUAUCACUUCAGUUCAUGAAACUUUUCCCUUAAUCUAAUUGGCCUGUGUUCAAUAAAAAUUAUAUUGAACUAA